GGGCUUCGGCUUACCCUGCACGUCAAGUCGGAAGAUGAUCUCAAGCGUGACGUGCUCAAGUCCGAGACGGCCACGCUGAUAAUCCCUGAGGUGCACCUCGAGCUGUCGCCUGGCACCUUGGGCGGCUUUUUUUCCUCUGUCGAGGGUACCAUCUCUCAGGUGCGCGACCAGCUCAACAGCCUGCCGCAGGCCGCCUUCGCCGUUGGGGACUCGGCUGACGACAACUCGAAGACACUGCUUCAGUUUGUGAAGGAGCUAGACGAGCUACUGGCGCUCAAGAUGGAGUUCACCUUCAUCCUCGAUGACCCCCUUGGGAAUGUGUACAUUCAGAACCCCCGCGCCCACCUGCCUCCACCGGAUGACGCGGACCCCAAGCUGGAGAGCGAGGAGUACAUCCGUACCGAGGAGCAAGACGAGGAGCUGGGUAUUUCGGCUAUGUGCCGUAACGAGCAGCAUGCUGACGUUGCGGAGGUGGAGGAUCCGGAGCAGGAGAACAGGGAAUGA